UAAGUAGUCUGUGAUCAUCGCUCAUCGCAUUCUCAUUUCCAAAUUUGUGUGUAUUUUAUUUAAUUAGUGGAGCGAGGGGUACAUAAAAUAAUACAAUUGCCGACGAUACCUGAAUUUUGGGUGUAGUAAAGUGAAGUUUGGUUCAAACUGCUGCGAAGAUCAUGAGUACACAAUUACUGGAAAAAGGUGUGUAGAUAUUGGGAACAGUAUAAUCUGUAUGCAGUACCAUGUCAGAUACAGAGCAACACAUUGUGAACUCAAUGCAACAGAUGUCAGUGCAACCUAACAACAGUGGCCACACAGAAAAACCUACUCAAGUUGUGACACCUGCCGUGAAACCUUCUUCAGCUAAAGUAACUCCGAUUAAAGGUGCUUUGGUCUCUCCUGCUAUAGCAACUAUAGAUAGGCUCCUGAGUCUCGGUACUAACGUGCCCCCGCCACCACCAGUCUUUACCAGACCAUCAGACAUGGACCCUCACACUGUCGAACAGCUACGAGCUGUCAAAGAAUUACUCACAACCCAAGAAGAAGAAGCACAGAACCUAAGAGAUCUGAAUAGAGAGUUACGAGAUCGUCUUGAGGAAUGCGAGACAAAAAUGAAAAAAUUAACAGAACAAAAUGAAGAGUAUGCAGAGAAAGAGAAGGCUCUAUCUAAGAGAGUGGCUGAAAAAGUGAAGAACAAUAAACAGAUGAGUGUUGUCAUGGAGGAAUAUGAAAGAACAAUAUCUUCAUUAAUUGGGGAACGACAAUCUGAGGCUACUCGGUGGGCUGAGGAGAGAGCCACUCUUGUACAAGAAAGGGAUGAAGCUGCAGCACAUUUAGCAUCCAUGGAACACGCCUUUAAUGAUGUACAUACAAAAUAUGAAAGGUGUAAAGUCAUUAUACAAGGCUAUAAGAGCAAUGAGGAGGCACUAAAAAGAUCAGUAGAGGAGAACAGUGAUGUAAUACAAAAAUUAGAAGCAAGGUAUGAAACCUUACGACAGCAUGCCAUGCAACAAUUGAACAAGGCCAAUGCUGAGUUGGAUGCAGUAAAGAAAGCUCAUCAGGCUGAGAUUUUAAAACUAAAUGCCAUGCUUAAAAAGAGUGAAGUUGCGGCUUCUUCCUUGCAAGAAUCACUAGCACAGAAAAUCAAGGACAAUGAGGAGCUGACAGCCAUUUGUGAUGAGUUAAUUAACAAGGUUGGUUAAUUAGUCACCAUUCAUGAGUACACACUAUUUCACAGUAAGCAUUUUAUGUGUAUAUGUAGAUGAAUAUUGUUUCAAUAUAAGUGUAAAUGAUACACAAACCUCCCAUAACAAGCUAAAUUACUUAAAGGAAUACCAUGUCUGUAAAAAAUAAUUUGUUAUAUCUGCAUUAAUUGUGUAAUUUGUGCAAUCAAUCUCAGUUUUAUAUUUUUGUACCAUUUUAUGUUUUAGUUCUAAGUUUUAUAACUUUUGACAUUCUUUUUUAUGAUUAUUUCAACACUUUAAUGUUCAUUUCAGUAUUUAAUUCAAUUCAGUAUUCAUUAAUGAUUUACUUCAUGUAUGUUAAAUUAUGGAGAUUACACAUGUAUUGUGAUUCAAAUCAGUUGUAACUUAAUUUUAUAAAUUCAUAUAAAUCGUCCAAAGAUGUCAGUGGCUUGAUUUGGAUUCAUAAUCUCAAUAUUCAUCAUUACAAAUGUUUUGUUGGCAAAAGUGUGUAAAUGUGUAAAUGUACAGGUGUGUUUUCAAAAUGAGACAUUUCAAGAAGAUUCACAUUUCAAGUAUUAGAGAGCAUUUCACACAUAUGAACAUCGUGAUUAUGAAUGGUGUAUGAAAUAUAACACUUACUAGUUCGUUUAAAAUAGUGUUUAAAGUUCAGCUCUCGCGUGUUUGUUAAGUUUCGUACCUAGAAACUACUGAUUUUAUUGAAGAAUACUUCACAAGCUAGCUGCCAUAUUUGAUUUUGAAAAUUCAUUUAUGUUAUUUGUAAAGAAUUAUUAUAGAUAUUUAAACAUUAUGUAUGUGCUUGAAGUAGUUUUAUCUUAAAGAGAAGUAAUAGUAGAUUAUUAUCAUUUUAAGUACUAGUUUCUAUGACAUCGAUUAUUAUAAGUCUAAUCUGGUACUCGCAAUAUCUUGGUUGGUUCUAGUCUUCGCAAAAUAUAUUAGUGGAUCUGCAGUGCAAUAGCGUGUUCAAAAUCAAAGUAUUGUACAGUAUUUACUAUCAGUUAAAGUUUUAAUCGCUUGUUAUUGAUAGAUAGAGAUUGGGAAGUUUCAAAUUAUUUGAAAAUUGUAAACAUAGAGUC